AUGUCCCUCAACCGACUACUUUCUCCUCUUCGUUUUCUCUUCUCGUCAUCCUUUUGUACUCGGGUCUUGUUGCUUUUCUUGGAUACCACUUACUCUUGUUCCUUCGAAAAAUGGAUUUACUAUUGUUUCUUCUUUCAACUACUUUCCCUCGCUGUUACUGAGCCCUUUCUUGUUCUCUUCCUAUCUACCGUGGGCGGCUAUAAUUCAUUAAAACAUUACAAGUGGGCCGGGGGUUUUAUUUAUAUUUCUUUUCGUGACCGUGCUUGUGACAUUCUAUACGGUCAACCACAGACGAGCAGUCCUUUUCCUGCUAUAACACAUUCAAAAGGGUGGUAA